GGCGCUCGCCGCGCAUGCGCGGAGCGGCAGGGCCCGAGCGCAGUGCCCAGGCCGCCAUGGGCGCGGAGGCGUAGAGCGGUCCCGCAAGCACAGCCUGCUCCUUCGGCCGCCGUUCUGCAGCCACCGGCAGGCAGGAGAAAGGGAGGGAGCGCCGAACCGAGGGAAGCAUGUUCCGGCUGAUGAGGGAUGGCGAGCCGGAGGACCCCAUGUUUGCCAUGGACCCUUUUGCCAUCCACCGGCAGCACAUGCAGCGGAUGCUGUCUGGCAGCUUUGGCUUCGGCCCGCUCCUCAGCAUCACCGAUGGCACCACACCAGCUCGCCAGACUGGACGCAGGGUGCAGGCAGGAGCUGUUUCACCCUUUGGGAUGCUCGGCAUGGCAGGUGGCUUUAUAGAUAUGUUUGGGAUGAUGAACGACAUGAUUGGAAACAUGGAGCAUAUGACAAGCGGUGCUAACUGCCAGACGUUCACCUCCUCGACUGUCAUCUCCUAUUCCAACCUGGGUGAUGGGCCCAAAGUCUACCAAGAGACAUCAGAGAUGCGUUCAGCACCUGGUGGGAUCCGUGAGACCAGGCGGACCGUGAGGGACUCGGACAGCGGCUUGGAGCAGAUGUCGAUCGGGCACCACAUCCGGGAGCGGGCACACAUCAUGCAGCGCUCCCGCAACCACCGCACGGGCGACCAGGAGGAGCGGCAGGACUACAUCAACAUGGAUGAGAGUGACGCCGCCGCCUUCGAUGACGAGUGGCGGCGAGAGACGUCGCGCUUCCGGCCGCAGCGGGGGCUGGAGUACCGGCGGCACGACGGCGGCGCCCGCCGGGCCGAUGGGGGUCGUCUGGCCAUCCAGGGCCCUGAGGACUCCCCCUCCAGACAGUCCCGUCGGUACGACUGGUGAAGCCAGAGCAGGCCUUGUUGGGGGGUGCGGUACAGUCACCCCCAAAGCUGCUGAUGCGCUCCUGUACAGACAGUGAAACUCUGAAGCCUCUUCAAAGCACCACCUGGACCCUCCUCAAAUUUAGUAUUAACCUCUCUCUCACUUAAGAAUUGAAACAAAGCAACUAAUAUUUUGCACUGCUCUCUUUUGCCCCAUUUGGGUGCUGCAGUGGAGGGUGAGGAAUCACACUGAUGUGCAAGGACCACACGAAUUGCCCAUUCCCUUUCUGCUCUCCCAUGGUUCCAUUCUUUCUGGCAGUAGCUGUGGGCUUGUCCAUCCUUUCUACUCUUUCUGUGCUGGGUGGAGCUGAUUCUGAAGGGUCACGGUUGAGGCCUGCCCUGCUGGCACCUAAACACCAGAUGGUAAUUGGCUGACUUUUUGGGGAGGAGAAAAACAGAAGAAAAGGCUCCAGGGUCGAGAAGAAGCCAGGAGAGGAGAGCUUAAUUUGCAGACUCAGCUUGGGGAAACAUCAAUUGAACUUAAACAACAAAACCACCCCCAAUUUACCAACCAAACCGUGGGAGGAUAAUUAGAGAUACAACCAAAUCUUAGACACCUUUCCUCUACGCUUCUCUCCCGGGAUCAGGUCUGCUCCUGAUUUCCCCAACUGUUCCCCCUCAGUGGCACAGAGGGAUGGGGAAUGGAGGAUUGCAGUCAGCUCAUCACAGAGUGUUUCUGUUGCUUGUUCUUCCUUGGAGUCUUGGGAGGACUCCUUGCACUCUGCCCCCUGCUGUGGUGAGGCAGCCCUCCAGCCAUUUCUUCAGCGUGAAUCCUUCCCCUGAGCUGCAGCUUUUCAUCACCUGCUCCGGCAUGGAGCUCUCUUGCGGGGUGUAGUCUCCCCACUGAUGGACUGUUCCUGUGUGGGUGUCUCUCAGAAUCGUGGCCUCUUCAAGGCACCGCCACCUGCUCCAGUCUCGGGUUCUGCACAGGCUGCAGGAGGACAUCUACCACACUGGUAACCUCCAUGGGCUGCAGGGGAGGUGCUGCUCCAGGGCACUUCCCCUCUUUCUUCCUUGCUGACCUUGGUAUCCACAGAAAUGUUCCACUCACAUCCCUUUCCUCGCUUCUAAGCAUACCCAAAAGGGUUUUUCUUCUCUUAAAUGUGUUACUGCAGCGGUGCUGAUGGGCUCAGCCCUGGUCAGAGGCGAGUCUGACACUUGGAGCCAGGGAAGCUCCCAGAGAGCCACCCCUGCAGUCUGUUGGCUGCUGCCAGUGCACGAAGCCAGCAGGUGCAGUUUGUGUUCGGUCCCCUGUGAAAGGCAGAUCAGGGAGUUCUGCUUGUGCCCCGUGUCACUCCCUCACCCGGACACAGGCUUUGAUUCCCCUCCUGCUCCUUGGUGCAACGGUGGAGAAGCAGAAGGAUGAGUGUGCUAAGGAAAGGAGGAGCAGAUCAAAAGCUGGAGCAGCCUGUGGGCCCCCUCCUGCCCCCUCUUCGGUCAGCUCCCCCACUUUUUUAAGUUGUGAAACUUGUAACUAGAUGUUUACUGAAUAAAGAAACUGUAAAGA